AUGUACGUGUAUAAAUUUCGUAAGAUUGAGAAUAUGGCUAAAAAGCAACAAUACCAAAGGACCAAGAAACCAAUGUUGGAACGUCACCGUCGUGCGCGUGUUACAAAUUGCUUAAGUACGUUGAGACAACUAAUUGCAGAAUGCAGCGAUAAUGACAAUGUUCUGCGUAUGGACAAAAUUGUAAUGCUCGAAACGACAAUUGCUUACAUGCGCCAGCAGCAAAGUGCAAAAAAAAAUAAGCAACAACGCACAGCAGCAGCAGAUAUAAUGCAUAAUUUUCGUCAUGGUUAUAUGAAUGCAGUAGAAGAAGUAUCACGAAUGCUUGCCUCAAUACCAGGAGUCAAUAUUGAAAUGGGCAAAACAAUUAUGACUCAUUUGGGACGUGUUUAUAAUCGUUUGCAAGUAAAACAGCAAAAAAUUCAACAACAGCAGCAAAGAAGCUAUUACCGAAAUCAAUUACCAAUAAUGAACUUACCUCAAGCAGCAUUAAGUCCUGCCUCUUCAGGUUAUUAUAGUGACGAUUGUGAAAGUACCAAAUCAACAAAGUCGCCUCAGGUAGAGACUAUCCCGCAAGAGAAUAUUUGGCGGCCGUGGUAA